CUCUUUACCGUGUCGGUUUUUUUGAAAUGUCUUACAAUUCAAUUUUUUGUUGAAACGUCUCUUAAGCUAAAUUAAAGACAUUUCACAUUAAUCCCAGAUUUAUAUAAAACACCAGAACAUCAGACGUCUGUGGCACGAACGGAUUUUUACUAGAGAUACAUCAAGAAUAUUGAUAAACUUUUAAAGACUAAAGGAAGAUGUGAUAAAUAAUUGAUAUAAACAUGUUUACAUAAUAUGUCUAUGAUCAAUAACUGUGAAAUACUUUGUUCUGGACUGAGAUUGAUAGCGACAUUUUUCUUCAUCACUGCCUGGAAUAUUUUCAUUUCACAUUCCAAUUAAACAUGGAUACAUUUACAAGGAAAUCUGUAACCUUCAGAUACUGACAAAGUCACUAGAAAUAUAUAUAUAUAUAUAUAAACACAAGAAAAAUAUAUAUUUAUUGUGGUAGUAUCAGAAACAUUAUAGAACAAUGAGUUAUGUUAGAAAGGAUGGCUUAUUUCCUGAAGAAACGACGAGAAAAAGAGAAAAAUUAUCAUACCAUUGUGAUAUCUGCAAAAAGUCUUUCUCUCAGAGAGGUUACCUAACUACUCAUAAAUGCAUUUCUACAGGAGAGAAGCCAUAUCACUGUGAUAUCUGUGGUAAAUCAUUCUCUCAAAAUAACCUCUUGACUAAACAUAAAUACUUUCACACAGGAGAGAAACCAUAUCACUGUGAUGAUUGUGGGAAGUCAUUUUCAACAAAUAGUACCUUAAAAACUCAUAAAUGCAGUCACACAGAAGAAAAACAAUAUCACUGUGAUAUUUGUGGUAAAACAUUCCCUGCGUUUAGUAACUUAACUAUACACAAACGCAUUCACACAGGAGAGAAACCAUAUCACUGUGAUAUUUGUGGUAAAACAUUCCCUGCAUUUAGUAACUUAACUACACAUAAACGCAGUCACACAGGUGAGAAACCAUAUCGCUGUGAUAUCUGUGGUAAUUCAUUCUCUCAAAAAUGUAGCUUAACUACACACACACGUAUGCAUACAGGUGAGAAACCAUAUCGCUGUAAUAUUUGUGGUAUAUCAUUCUCUAGAAUUAAUACUUUAACUACACACAAACACAUUCACACUGGAGAGAAGCCAUAUCACUGUGAUAUUUGUGGUAAAUCAUUCUCUCAAAAAUGUAACUUAACUAUUCACAAGCGUCUGCAUACAGGAGAGAAACGCUAUCAUUGCGAUAUCUGUGGUAAAUCAUUCUCUGGAAGUAAUGACUUAACUACACACAAACGCAUUCACACAGGUGAGAAACCAUAUCACUGCAAUAUCUGUGGAAAGUCAUUCACUCAAAAAGGUAGCUUAACUAUUCACAAACGUUUGCAUACAGGUGAGAAACAAUAUCACUGCGAUAUCUGUGGAAAGUCAUUCACUCAAAAAGGUAGCUUAACUAUUCACAAACGUUUGCAUACAGGUGAGAAACAAUAUCACUGCGAUAUCUGUGGUAAAUCAUUUACUCAAAAAAGUAGCUUAACUAUUCACAAACGUUUGCAUACAGGUGAGAAACAAUAUCACUGCGAUAUCUGUGGUAAAUCAUUCAUUCAAAAAGGUAGCUUAACUAUUCACAAACGUUUGCAUACAGGUGAGAAACAAAAUCACUGCGAUAUCUGUGGAGAGUCAUUCACUCAAAAAGGUCACUUAACUACUCACAUACGUUUGCAUACAGGUGAGAAACCAUAUCACUGCGAUAUCUGUGGAAAGUCAUUCACUCAAAAAUGUAACUUAGCUACACACACACGUAUUCAUACAGGUGAGAAACCAUAUCACUGUGAUAUCUGUGAUAGAUCAUUUGCUCUGAAUGAUACUUUAACUAAACACAAACUCAUCCAUACAGGAGAGGAAACACAUCCUUGACAUCAUCAGUUUCAUCUCCAAGCUGUCCAUUACCCAACAGAGUUCAUUAAUUCUCUGGAGCCACCUGGAAUUCCACCACAUAAACUUUUUCCAAAGAUAGGAGUCCCAAUAAUGCUUCCAAGAAAUUUAGAUCCUCUUAAAUUAUGCGAUAGAACAAGGUUUAUUGUGAAGACAUUAUCACCUAAUAUAACAGAAGCUACCGUCAUCACUGGAUGUGCCUCUGGGGAAGAGGUUUUCAUUCCAAGAAUUACAACCAAACCAACAGACAUGCCCUUUCAGUUCAAACGAACAAUUCCCAGUGCUACUUCACUUUGCAGUGUCUGUUCAUAAAGGUCAAGGCCAGUCUUUGAAAACUACUUGUUUGCUUUUCUCAUGGUCAACUUUGUUGCUUGCUCCAGGGCAGGUAAUUUGCAAGACUUAUUUGUCUAUGGUCCAAACCAGAAAACAAAAGAAUGUCGUUUACCCAAAAGCUCUUUGAUAAUUUCCUUCAACAUAUGUGAUAGAAUUUCACUCCUUUCAUAAAAGUGGUAAAUUUUUUUUAUUAUGAAUUCAGACUUGAUUU